ACCCUUACCUGACCGUUCGUCACGACGCUUCAUCAAACGGCGACGGGCUACAGUCUACAUGCGACGCAUCUUUCUCAAUUUGUCACUGAGUUGGCGAUGUCGAAGCUCUCGUCGGGUGGGACGGCCGCGGGUGCCUCCAGCAACAAAUCCUCGGAAGGUUGGAAGAAGCGCAUCAUUGUUCCCACCGUACUCGCGGGGGUCGUUGGCGGAGGAGUUGGUUUGAUCUCGAAGCAUCGGAAAGCUCUUGGCGUCGGUACCACCGCAGCUUCCUUUGCGGCUAACUUUGCCAUCGUCACCGGAUGCUACUAUAAAAGAAAGAAUACGCAUGAUAAGGAUGCUGGUGCAGCUGUGUCAGAGACAUCAAAUCCAGAAACCACAAUUCCAGUGGUGACAACAAUCAACAAGGAAAAGGCUAUCAUGGUCUACAAUUUACACAUGACACAUGGAAGCAAUAGUGUCAAGUUGAUGAUUCAAGCAUCUUAUUUUGGUAUUAUAUAGCUAGGUAGUGUCGGAAUAUGUGAUGUGAUCUAUGUUAGUGCCGAGGAGGAGUAAAUCUAUUAGAGGACCUUAUUAUAAGGAGUGAGGAGAGGAGUUAGCAGAGAAAAUAUCAGCAUAUCAAAAAAUUGUUGUAUAAUUGUAAACAGAAAUAGAUCAAGGAGGGAUCUGACUUUGUUUUCUCCAAAUGUUUACCCUUUAACAACAAAGAUACGGAGGCUUUCUUUUCCCUAGAAUGAGCUUGCAGGUCAAUGAUAACAUAAUUUAUCUUUCCUUCUUUAACUCAUUGAAGUAGAAGACACAAGAUGGUGAAGAAACUCAUUGCGUUCAAUGAAGACGAGAUGAUCUUUUCUGGAGUGUUAUGUCCAUUCAUGGGAUUCUGUGCUCAAAGUUUUUGCAGUUCCUACCAAUAUGAUAGGUGCCUACAGAUUUAUUUUGGAUUUUUGGACCACAAUUAUUGCAAAAAAAAUAUUAGCCUAUUUGCCAGCUAAUAACUUCAUUCUUCAUCUAGUGCUCCAUGGAAGUGGCAAUUUUCUCUAAUUUUACUAACAAUCUCAUUGAUAGAAAUGUAGUAGGAUGAUUUUUGGUCAUUUUUGUUGAUGA